GAGCCUGGAGAGGAGAGCUAGAGGAACUACAAUACCCACAAGGCUCCGCAUCUCCCCCGGAAGUGCUUACUGUUGGCCUCGUGCUCUGAGGCCGGUGGGCGGUUUGGUAGGCGAGGAUUGGGAAGCCGGAGCCGCGCUGGUUUGAGAUUGGUAAAAUUGCCGUCAGCCCCGCCUCAAAACCCGGAAGUAGUCUUCGGUUGACUCACGUGAGGCAAGGAAACGCGAGUUUUGGAUGCGCGGCUCGCCGUUCACUGCCGGCGGUCUGAGUCCUAACCUCCCCGCCCUCGUCCAAGGACUGUCAUCCAGUAGGGGCUCUUUUGAGAACGCGGAGACCGAGGGGUCCCCGCUGCUUCCCGUCAGCCGAGCUGUGCCUCAUGGAGUCUACAUUCAGCAGCCCCGCGGAGGCGGCGCUGGAGCGGGAGGCGGGGGCCGCGGGGCUGCUCACGCCGCUGGCGGACCUGGACCGAGUGUGGCCUUGCAGUUCCCUGACCAACUAUUGGGAGAUGCUGGGGUUGUGGCUGCACGACUGGAGGAGUCCACGGGGGCGAAAAUGUUCAUUCUGGGGGACACAGCCUAUGGCAGCUGCUGUGUGGACGUGCUGGGUGCUGAGCAAGCUGGAGCUCAGGCCCUUGUACACUUCGGCCCUGCCUGCUUGAGCCCUCCGGCCCGCCCACUGCCGGUGGCCUUCGUCUUUGGUCAGCGUCCUGUGGCCUUGGAGCUCUGCGCCAAAGCCUUUGAGGCCCAGAAUCCCGACCCCACAGCCCCUGUGGUGCUGCUGAGUGAGCCGGCCUGUGCCCAUGCCCUGGAGGCCCUGGCCACUCUCCUUCGCCCACGGUACGUGGACCUGCUUGUCUCCAGCCCGGCUCUUCCCCUGCCCGUGGGCUCCCUCAGUUCGGAGCCUGGACCCCUGGAGCGUUUCGGGCGUCGCUUCCCCCUGGCCCCGGGAAGGUGUCUGGAAGAGUACGAUGCCUUCUAUGUGGGAGGCUCUGGGGCCAGCUCUGACCCUGACCUCGAUCCUGACCUGGGCCGGCUGCUCUUGGGCUGGGCACCUGAGCGCUCCUUCUCCUCCUGCCGCCCAGACACAGGGGGGACUCGUGAUGAAGGCGCCCGGGCGGGGCGGCUGAGGGCACGGAGGCGAUACCUGGUAGAGAGGGCCAGAGACGCUCGCGUGGUGGGGCUGCUGGCGGGCACGUUGGGCGUGGCCCGACACCGGGAGGCGCUGGCACACUUGCGGAACCUGACGCGGGCCGCCGGCAAGCACAGCUAUGUGCUCGCUCUGGGGCGGCCCACGCCUCCCAAACUCGCCAACUUCCCUGAGAUCGAUGUCUUUGUGCUGUUGGCCUGUCCUCUUGGUGUCCUAGCUCCCCAGCCUUCUGGUAGCUUCUUCCGGCCUGUAUUGUCACCAUGUGAGCUGGAGGCUGCCUGCAACCCUGCCUGGCCCUCUCCAGGCCUGGCUCCCCACCUCACACACUACGCCGACUUAUUACCCGGCUCCCCCUUCCACGUGCCCCUCCCGCCGCCUGAAUCGGAACUGUGGGACAUCCCAGAUGUGUCCCUCAUUACGGGGGAGCUUCGACCUCUGCCUGCCUGGAAGCCACCCAAUGACCCUGGGUGCUCAGCCCUGACCCCGCGGCCUCAGCUGGAGCUGGUUGAGAGUAGCCCUGCAGCCUCGUUCCUUAGUUCCCGGAGCUGGCAAGGGCUGCAGCCUCACCUGGGUCAGACACCCGUGACAGGAGUCGUGAGCGGAAGACGGGGAAUUGCCAUCGCCUAUGAGGAUGAGGGGAGCAGCUGACGCCCUGGGGGGCCGGAGACACAGGUGGACUUAAGGAUCACUAUUCCAGUCCCAGCUGCUGCGGGCUUCAGUGCAGAUGUGGCCACGUCCCGGAGCCACACCAUGCACAACCGGUUCCGAAAAUGGCACAGAAAAGGCAUCAAGAAGGAACUAGAUCCAAAGUUCCUGAGAAACAUACGCUUCGCCAAAAAGCACAAGAAGAGGCACAUCAUCAACACUAAUGCCAUGAGCACAUGUGCCAAGGCUAUCAAGGCCGUCAUAAAGCCCACGGAAGUCAGGCCUGAGAUCCCCAAGGGUGGCAGCUGCAAGCUCAGUCAACUUGUCUACAUCAUUCACCCUGAACUUGGAAAAUGUGCUGUGUCCCCAUCACUAAGGGUCUCGGGUCCUGCUGGCCAAAGGCCAAGGCAACACUUAAAC